AAAAGCAACAACCUGGAUGUGAAAGUUACUGGAUCCGAAUUGGAAACUGAAGAAAAAGGAACUGAGGAAGAAUCCACAAGGGAAUCCGAUAGCAACAUUUUGGAUGCAUCAUCUGAUUAUCCAAGAGAGAAACAUAUUUCAAUUCAAAGACAUCUUGCUGAUCUAGAGAAACUAGCUGACCUGAAAGAAGGUGAGUUUACCGUGGCAGUAUCCCAGAACACAGUUCUUCAUGUUACAGAUGAAAAGAAACGCUGUCCAUUGUGUCCUGAGGAGAAAUUCAAAGCUUGCUAUAGUCAUAAACUCCAUCGUCACCUUCAGAAUUUGCACUGGAAAGUUUCUGUUGAAUUUGAAGGGUACAGAAUGUGCAUCUGCCACUUACCUUGUCGUCCAGUAAAACCAAACCUCGUUGGAGACCAGACAUUUUCAAAGAUGGGUGCCCAUUACCAUUGUAUCAUCUGUUCAGCAACUAUCACACGAAGAACUGACAUGAUAGGUCAUAUUAAUCGUCAUGUGAAUAAAGGAGAAACUGAGUCAAGGUUUAUUACAGUUAUUGCUCCCAAGUCUUCUCAUGAAGUGCUGAAAGAGUCGGCCACAGAUGUGCAGGUUCUUCCCAACUAUUCCACACCUCAGAAAACAGAUUCCUAUUUCAAUCCUAAAAUGAAACUCAACAGGCAAUUGAUAUUCUGCGCACUAGCCGUUCUAGCUGAGGAACGCAAACCAAUAGAAUGUCUGGAUGCUUUUGGUGCCACUGGUAUAAUGGGAUUACAAUGGGCAAAGCAUCUCAGAAGUUCUGUGAAAGUUACGAUUAAUGAUUGUAAUGAAAAUUCUGUGACAAUGAUUCAGGAAAACUGCCAUUUAAACAAAAUGAAGGUGAAACUCAACACUAAGGAAGAAGACAAUGAUGAAGCUAUGGGAGAUGGAGAAGAAAAUACUGACACCAUAGAGGUGACAAAAAUGGAUGCCAAUGUUAUAAUGCAUUUGAGAUCAUUUGAUUUUAUCCAUUUGGACCCCUUCGGAACUUCUGUGAAUUAUCUGGAUUCUGCCUUUAGAAAUGUGAGAAAUCUUGGAAUUGUGUCAUUGACGUCCACAGACAUCAGUUCUCUGUAUGCAAAGGCUCAACACGUUGCCCUGCGUCAUUAUGGAUGUAACAUUGUCAGAACAGAGUACUAUAAGGAACUGGCAGCCAGAAUAGUAAUUGCUGCUGUGACAAGAGCUGCAGCUCGCUGUAACAAAGGCAUUGAAGUUUUACUCGCAGUAGCUCUAGAACAUUUUGUUCUAGUGGUGGUCAGAGUUUUAAGGGGACCAUCUCCUGCGGAUGAUUCAGCAAAGAAAAUAAGAUACCUCAUCCAUUGCCAGUGGUGCGAAGAGAGAAUUUUUCAGAAAGAGGGUAAUAUGGUAGAAGAAAACCCUUACCAGCAGCUGCCUUGUGAUUGUCAUGGCAGUAUGCCUGGGAAGACAGCAGUAGUUCUUGGUCCUCUCUGGUCAGGAGCACUGUUUAACACUGGAUUCCUCAGAAGAAUGCUGUUUGAGGCUGUCCAGUAUGGUUUGGAUGAAGCUCAGCCACUUCUGAAGACAUUAGUUUGCGAAGCAGAGUGCACAACUUUAAAACAUUUUUCUACCCAUAGUCCUUAUGAAGAGAACAAACAGGAAGAAUGUGGCGUAUAUAUUAAAACACCAAAUACUUCUGCAGAAUCCUCCUUGGUACAUGGAAAAAGAAAAAGUGAGGAAGUGAUUCGAAACACAGCAAAGCGACAAAAAUCUGAGAACAGUGCUGAACACCCUGCAUUUUACUACAAUAUCCACAGACACAGUAUUAAAGGAAUGAACAUGCCAAAGUUAAAUAAGUUCUUAUACUAUCUCUCUGAAGCUGGCUACAGAGUAAGUAGAACCCACUUUGAUCCUAUGGGAGUUCGCACAAAUGCGCCCUUGGCACAAUUUAAGACUAUUCUUAUGAAGUACAGCACUCCCACGUACACGGGGGGACAGGCAGAAGGCCCUGUCCAUCUAGCUGAAGAUGUCCAGGCAGGAGAACAGGUUCAAGCUGCUGCAGAUGGCAAGGCAGAAGAUGUCGAGUUUCUGGAAGAUGAUAAAUCUGGAGUCGCUGCCACCACGUUCACAGAAGAUUACGCUACUCACUGUGCAGCGGAUUAA